AUGUGGUGGCGGCCGGGUGCCGGCGUCGGCGCGUCUGCUGCGAUGCGCCGCCGUGCAGCGUGGCUACCUUUGGUCGAGCGCUUGUCUACGCGUAGUCUUUCACAGAAUGUGACUCUACGGCCCUAUCAGCAGGAGUGUGUUGGUGCGUGUCUACAGGCGUUGGAGCGCGGCUGCAGACGUAUGGGCGUAUCUUCUCCUACCGGCAGCGGUAAAACGACCAUCUUUACUGAGCUGAUAUCAAGAAUCAAGCCAGAAAAUGAUAGGGCCACACAGGCGCUUAUCUUAGUGAAUGGAGUGACACUGGCACGGCAGGCUGUAGAACGUGUUCGACAUAUGUUCCCCGACUGGCGUGUCGAGAUGGAGCAGGGUUCGAAACAUGUGGCCACAGGACAUGCAGAUGUGACUGUAGCUAUGGUACAGACGAUAAGACAACCGGAGCGACUAAGUAAGUUUGACCCACGUCGCCUCAAGUGUGUGAUUGUUGACGAAGCACACCAUGCUACCUCUGCGUCCUACCUAUCUGUCUUAUCCCACUUCAAUUGUGACAUUCAAAGUCUAAAUCUAGAGAAAAUAUCUGAAAAAGAAUGCAAUGUUCCCAUCAUUGGUUUCUCUGCGACAUUUACUCGACAUGAUGGAGUAUCGCUCGGUCAAGUGUUUGAAGAGAUCGUCUUCCAUAAAGAUUUUCUCGAUAUGAUCGACGAGCAAUGGUAUGUUUUCUAUGCUCAUCCGACCAGGCUCUGCCCUAUUCGUUUCACGCUCAUCCGUGCGGACAUGGAUCUGACCGAGGUGGCGUCGACGGCGUCUGACUACGUUAUUUCCUCCCUUGCCAAGGUGGUGAAUCAGCCGGAUAUAACCUCUUUGGUGGUGCGUAGCUGGAUCGACCUUGCAUGGAAGGUCCGAAAGGCCACACUUGUCUUUGCAGUGGAUAUACAUCACAUCAGAGCAAUUGUGGACGAAUUCAAGGCUCGAGGGAUUGAUGCACGGGCUAUCCAUUCCGGUAUGUCACAUCGCGAGCGCGAGCAAGUUUUGGUCGCUUUCCACAAUGGCGCAUUUCCUGUGCUGGUUAAUUGCGCGAUCUUGACAGAAGGUGCCGACGUGCCUCAUAUUGACUGCAUCUUGCUGCUAAGACCGACGAAGUCUCGCAACUUGUAUUCACAAAUGAUUGGACGCGGCAUGCGACUUGCGCAAGGUAAAAAUGACUGUUUGAUCAUGGACGUGGUGGGCAACACACAAAACGAACUCGCUUGUUCACCGAAGCUGUAUGGCUUGGAAGAAUGCGUGCAUGUACAAGCUAGCGUGGAAGGUAUGCUCUUGUUUCUCACCUCAGACGCAACCCCUCCAUAUGCUCGACGCGCGACACCGAAUAUUCCUUCCCAUUCAAAUUCUUUUAUGGAUCCCCCUCAGGACGUGAUUUUUGUGAAUUUUGACGAUCCACGCGAGCUUCAACGCGCGAUGAGUGCCCAUGCACCAUCGUCGUUGGAGAAGUUGUCUUCAUUCGCGUGGGUAGACUGUGGUUUGAAUCUGUACAUACUGGGGUCGUGGGAUGGCGCCUACAUGAAACUCUUCAAAGAGCGGGACCAAUGGUUGGGUUACUUCAUCUCCCGCAACCCCGAAUUUUGGAAAGAUUAUGCUGCUGGCUUACCCACCUCGUCACCCUACUACAAGCGCAAAGUGCUGGCGAGCGACGACUUUGCGCACGCCAUGCAUGCAGCUGAGACUUUCAUGAUUAAGCUAUUCCAAGCCCACCAAAGAUCUCCCAAAUGGCUGUGGCGUACAGCGCGCUGGCGUUCCAUGCCCGCCACAGCCAGGUCUCGCGCCACGCUGCAGCGGUUAUUGGAUCGUGGGGUGGAAUCUAAUGCCGUUGUGCCCCCUGAUGUCACACAAGGUGCAGUACAUCGCGCUCUAAUUCGUCUUCGUCACGGAGGUAAGGCGCAGUGGAAAUCGGCAAUGAAGCGGCGCAACAAAGCACAAUUGCGUGCCAAGGGGCAGUCUGUGCAAGUAGGUCCCCUGGGUCGCUGA